AUGGAAGAAAAGUUAAAUGAAAUGGAACAAGCUGGUAUCAUCACAAGGACAUCAACGCCUUACAGUAGUCCAUUGACAUUCACUCUUAAAAAAGACGGCUCAAUUAGAGUUCUGCUUGAUGCCAGAAGCAUAAAUAAGAAAAUGGUUGCAGAAACAGAGAAACCACCUAUACAAUUAGAUAUUUUGAAUUCAUUUCACGGAGCGAAUUAUAUCACUACCAUUGACUUAAAUAAUGCAUAUUUUCAAAUUCCGAUAAAUAAAGAUGGUAGAAAAUAUACUGGAUUCACAUUCAAUGGAAAGUCAUAUGUAUAUAAUGUUUUGCCGCAAGGAUUAAAAACAUCAGUAGGAAGCUUUAGCAGAGCCAUGAAUUUAAUAUUAGGACCAGAAGUCCAAGAAUUUUGUGUGAACUAUUUAGAUGAUCUAACCAUUAUUACAACAGGAACGUUAGAUAAACAUUUGGAGCACAUUGAUAUUGUUUUAAGUAAAUUGAACAAAGCUGGCUUAACGUGUAACUUGCAGAAAUGUGAAUUUAUUUGUAAAGAAAUUAAAAUGCUGGGUUUUAUAAUUUCAACAGAAGGCAUAAAGACAGAUCCCGAUAAGAUUCGAGCGAUUCAAGAGUUUCCAGCACCUAAAAAGAUUAAACAAUUAAGGGCCUUUUUAGGUCUAUGCAAUUUUUAUAGAAGGUUUAUACCAAAUUACAGCGAGAGCAUAAUACCGCUCUGUGAAUUACUUAAAAAAGGGACGAAAGUUCCAAUGGAGCGGUAA